UCUCUAUUGAUUUCUAUGGGACGUCCAGCACUGCAGAGAGGGAGGGAUGUAAACCCAAGGGCGGUAUAGUGCAUAAAUACCAGAUCAUUAAUACAAAACUCCCAUUUAGAUCCUCUAGCUUUCCCUUUCUAUGCUUUCUGAUUUCUCAAUCCGGAUUUGAUAAAACUAAGGCAUGGACAUCAGGGCACGGUUACAGAGCAGACUGACAGAGUACGUCAAGGACACACUCAGUUACAUUGAGAUCGUGAGGGACUUCUGUGACCAAGAACAGAACUGGACCGAUGAGAGAAGGGCAGAGCUUGAGAAGUUGAGAGACAUCAGUAAUAAUCAGCAGGAGAAGAAGCUCGGCGCCGUCCUCAGAGACACAUUAGAGGGGCUGAAGAAACUCGAGCCCUUCCUGGAAGCAGUGGAGAAGCUAACAGUGACCUCGAGCCACGUCUUCAGCGGACAGAUCUUCCUGCUGCGCGGAGAGAGACCUGAAAGUGUGCAGUCAGUCAUCACAGAUGCCAGGAUAGAUGCUCCUCUCCUCAUCCACUUCAAAAGAAAUGCAGAAACCUUCUUCAGGCCUCUCCUUGAUAAUGUGAAUGUCCUGGUCUUUCAGCUAGACAACUACGUACUCAAAACUGAGCAACUUUGUAGGAGAGUAAGACGAAAUUCAGUUUUGUCUGGAGACAUCUAUAAAUGUAACAGGGCUCAACCUUUAGUGGAGCUCAUUUUGAACGCAAGUGAGAACACUAUGAAUCAAAUGCUUCAUCAUUUAAACCAGUUGUGUGAAAUCAGGAUGAACCAAGACACCCGGCUGGCGUUCCUCUUUCAGGACGAUGCUCAGAAAUUCAUUGAUGUGUUCAGUGAACGUCAUUCUAGAAUGAGGCAGUUGCUGUCAGAUCUGGAGGAGACGGCCGCUAAGCUAGACUCGAUGAAGUUGGGGGCCAGUAUAUCCACUGUGGCUGGUAGUUCAGUGGGGAUUUUAGGGGGUGUCUUGGCUAUUCUUGGAAUCGCUCUUGCCCCGUUGACUGCAGGAGCAUCAUUGGCUUGCGCUGUGGCAGGGAUGGGUCUGGGGGGCAUUAGUGCAGUCAAUACUCUUGUAACAGAGAUCACUGAAAUGGCAGUCAACAGUCAGCAGGAGCACACUGCAGAAAGUUAUUUAAACAGUUACAGGGAUGAUAUGAUAAAAAUCGAAGAAUGUUUGAAUGAAGUGGCCAACAGUGAAAGACCUUUGAAGCCUAGUGAAGUUGAUGUUAACACCGUGUUACACUGUACUGGAGAAGUGGUUAAACAGGCUGUGGAUGGACUUGCAGCUUAUGCAGUGCAUAAAAGUGAAAGAGUAACUGCAGCAACAACCGAGAUCGCAAUGCAGGAUUUAAAUACGGCCAGUGACGUACCGCAGGUGGCUAGAUACCUGUCUAGGACAGAGCAGCUGGCAAACGCAAAAGCAUUGAGGAUCGUAAAAUGUUCUAGAGUUGCCUCUGGCUUCACAAAUUUAUUGUUUAUUGGCCUGGAUGUCUAUUUUAUUGUUAAAGAAAGUAAAAGUCUUGCAAACGGGAGCGAGAGUGAGGUCUCUAAGCUCAUCCGCUCCAGGGCAGCUCUGUGUAAAUCUGAGCUGGAGGCCUGGGAGAAAAUGCACGAUUCCUUAUGCAUAGGAAUAAAGACGAUUAGAAAGAGCCAGGAUACUUUGGGGAAACCAUUUCUUCCUUAGAUAUGGUAAUGUGCAUAAAAGGGCAUUUGUAGGGUGGCCGAGAGAGCUCAACAUGCUGCAAAUUAAGAAAACUGCAAAUACAUACAACACUGAACUUUACUGCUGACAAAUCAGCAUGAUGGGCAAAAACUAGUAGCAUAUAGGGAUAUAACGAUUCACUCAAUUUACAAUGGGAUUAAAUUCAUGAUACAGAUUACACAAUAUAAUAUAUAUAUAUAUAUUUUUUUUUACAAAAUGAGAU